ACGUGACGGAGAGCCGUUGCCACCAUGGUGACGGUGAUGGCGAUGUGAUGGCAGCGCCGGUACAGGUGACAGUGACGGUGUGAUGGCGGCGCGGCCGCUCCUCGCCCUCCUGUGCGCUGCUCUGUGGGCCCUCAGCCCCGGCCCCCACCGCCUGGCCGCCGCUCCCGCCCCGCUGCACCCGUUCACCCCGGCCCGCGGCCUCAACAUCAGCUGCCGGGCCUGUAGAGCGGCCUUCACCGCGCUGGACUUCGCGCUGCAGCUGAAGGUGGGCAUGGAUGAGGUGGGUCUGAUGGCCACGCACCUGUGUGUGGAGCUGCACCUUGCUGCAGGGGAGGUCUGCGUGCAGGCCAUUCGGCUGUUUGAGCGUGACAUGAUCACUGCGUGGGUGCAGUCAGUGCUGCGGCCUGCAGAGGCAUGCGGGCUGCUGCUGGGCAGCGACUGUGGGCACUGGGACAUCUACGGUCCAUGGAACAUCAGCCUGCCGGUGACACCAAAGCCCCCGGUGGUGCCGCCGGUGUUGCCGCCGGCCGGCUCGCCCGUUACCCGCAUCCUCUUCCUGACUGACAUUCACUGGGACAAGGACUACGCUGCCGGCACAGACCCCCAUUGCCGGGAGCCCCUGUGUUGCCGUGUCGGUGCUGGCCAGCCGCCCCCUCACCAGCAGGGCGCCGGCCCCUGGGGCGAGUACAGCAAAUGCGACUUGCCGCUGCGCACCAUCACAAACCUCCUGCAGCAUCUGCAGCACCAGCGCUACGACCUGGCGUACUGGGCCGGUGAUAUCCCUGCCCACAACGUGUGGCAACAGAGCCGGCACGACCAAAUCAAUGCCCUGACCACCAUCACCAACCUCCUGCGCCAACACCUGCCCAACCUCACCAUCUAUCCUGCCGUGGGCAACCACGAGAGCACCCCAGUCAACAGCUUCCCCCCCCCCUUCAUCCACGGAAACCAGUCCAGCUCCUGGCUCUACAACGCCAUGGUGGAUGCCUGGCAGCAAUGGCUGCCCCCCACAGCCCUGGAGACCCUGCGGAGGGGAGGGUUCUACACGGUGGCGGUACGACCAGGCCUCAGGCUUGUCUCACUCAACAUGAACUUCUGCUCGCACGAGAACUUCUGGCUGCUCGUCAACUCCACCGACCCCGCUGGUCAGCUGCAGUGGCUGGUGGGAGUCCUGCAGGGGGCAGAGUGGAGCGGGGAGAAGGUUCACAUCAUCGGUCACAUCCCCCCCGGUCUCUGCAUGAAGGUCUGGAGCUGGAACUAUUACCGCAUCGUCAACAGGUAUGAGGGGACGAUAGCGGCCCAGUUUUUUGGCCACACACACGUGGAUGAGUUUGAGAUGUUCUACGAUGAGGAGACGCUGAGCCGCCCGCUGUCUGUGGCCUUCAUCGCCCCCAGCGUCACCACCUACAUCGGCCUCAACCCGGGGUACCGUGUGUACGAGGUUGACGGUGAUUACCGGGGCAGCUCCAGCCUGGUGCUUGACCACGAGACGUUCAUCCUGAACCUGACGGAGGCCAAUGGCAGUGGCCGUGCCGCCUGGAGCUCCCUGUACCGGCUACGGCAGAGUUACGGCAUGGACUCCGCCUUCCCCGCCGACUUCCAGCGGCUGCUGAGCCGCCUGUACAAGGACCAGCGCCUCUUCGACCGUUACUGGUACCUGCGGCACAAGGGGAGUGUUGCACUGCCGUGCCUCGUCGAGUGCCGGGCUGCCGUGCUCUGUGCCCUGCGUACGGGCCGUGCCGAAGACCCCCAGCUGUGCCGGGACCUGCCCCCCGGCCUGCCCUACUCCCAACUCCACCGGCAUCGGCCGCCCCCCAUGUGCUGACACCCACAGAACCACACAGAAACUCACAGAGCCCACCAGAAUCUACUAGAGCCUCCCGGAGCAAGGAGCGCUGGUCAUAUACGCGUGCUAGCUUGUCUUAGAAACAUAGAAAAUAGGUGCCGGAGGAGACCAUUCGGCCCUUCGAGCCAGCACCACCAUUCAAUAUGGUCAUGGCUGAUCAUCCCCAAUCAGUACCCCGUUCCUGCCUUCUCCCCAUAUCCCUUGAUUCCUUCAGCCCUAAGAGCUAAAUCUAACUCUCUCUUGAACACAUCCAGUGAAUGGGCUGGUCAUACGUGUACCACCUGGUCAUACACCCAGUCAGUGCAUGAUCCGGCCACUGCCAGUCCCACGCUACACAGCCCGGUCACUCUCUGUCCCUCUACUGACCAGUGGCAGUGCUCCCGGCCUCAGGGCCACCACCCCCCCCCCCCCCCCCCCCACAACACAGAGCCUGCUACAUCCCAGAUCCCCCACGAGACCCUCCCCCAUGAGACCCUCCCCUUCCGGAAGCCUCCCCCUCUGGGAUCAUCCCAUCUGGGACCCUCUACUCUGGGACCCUCCCCCUCUGGGAUCAUUCCCCUGGGACCCUCCCCUUCCGGGACCCUCCCCCAUGAGACCCUCCCCUUCCGGGACCCUCCCCCAUGAGACCCUCCCCUUCCAGAAGCCUCCCCCUCUGGGAUCAUCCCCUCUGGGACCCUCGCCCACGGGACCCUCCCCCACGGGACCCAUCCCCUCUGGGACCCUCCCCCUCCCGUGUAGAGGGGGCUUCACUCUGUGUCUCACCCCACCAGUGUGUGAUGGGUCAUAAGGAAUAGGAGCUGAAUUAGGGCCAUUCAGCCCAUCAAGUCUACUCCGCCAUUCAAUCACGGCUGAUCUAUCUCUCCCUCCUAACCCCAUUCUCCUGCCUUCUCCCCAUAACCCCUGACACCCGUACUGAUCAAGAAUCUAUCUAUCUCUGCCUUAAACAUAUCCACUGACUUGUGUCCUCCACAGCUGUCUGUGGCAAAGAAUUCCACAGAUUCACCACCCUCUGACUGGGACGGGGUGGAGGAGCGUGACCCUGACCCUGGGGGGAGUGUGUGGGACGGGGUGGGGGCGAGCGUUGCUCCACUUUCUCCACACUCCAAGCCCCCAUGCCUGUGUUUGUUCUGUCUCUGUGGCGCCUGCACUGAUGUGAUUCACUUUAAUGAGCGUGAAAGCUUGCCAAUGAUGGCGGCCUGAAGUGGGGUGGUCCGGUGGGGGAGCGGAGCCCCUGGGCUGAUGUGAAUUCCUGCUGUAAUGGUCUGUAUUAUGAUGGAACCUUGUAGCUCGGGCUGCUGCAAUAAACAUUGUGUGCCUCUCUC